GGAACGGGCUUGGUCCCCAUUUUCGACGAAGCCGCCGCCGCCGCCGCCAUAGUGCGCUAGGCCACAGCACCCCCCACCUACCACGCCGAGAGGAGGCACCCGUCCCAUGGCGCGAAGACCCAGCGAUGCCUUCUCCCACCAUAGCGUCGGCAGCGACGCGCCGUCGGGGCGCCCGCGCCGCAUGUCCAUGGAGGAGGACAUGUUCUACCGGGAGCUCAUGACGUCGCGGCCCGCCAAGCCCCCGAGCUACGACUCGGCCAUGAAGGCCGUCGUCGCCGCGCAGAGGAGGGCUCAGGCCGCUGCCGGGCAGAACGCUGCCAGACACAUCCCCGAGGACGUGCUGCCGCAGUAUUCGUGCGCUGUGCAUCUGGAGGGGGUGUUUAUGCGCAAGAUGGAGAUUGAGGAGACGACAAAGCGGGCCGAGUACCGCGACUGGAGGAUGGUGUACGUCGAACUGCGGGGCACUGCGCUCAACGUAUAUUCGGUCAAGAAGGAGCGCGGGUGGUGGUCGUCGAGUAAACAUGACGGACCCGACAUCAUGCCCGAUAACCCGCCGUGGGUGAAGAAGUCGACGUUGGAAAAGAGCUACAGUUUGCUCCAUGCGGAUGCGGGGAUAGCCGCCGACUACAGAAAGCGACGAUACGUCAUCCGGAUGAGGGUAGAAACAGACCAGUUCCUAUUGUCGUGCGUCGAACUCGGGACGUUUGUCACAUGGCUCGACGGGAUCUUCGCCGCCAUCAACGUAUCACCACCAAUAGACGAGCGCGACUUCCCGCGAGACUUUAGCGUACCACGGAUUCAAAGGAUACGAUGGCUACGCGGGCAGCGGCCACAACCCGAAGACAGCAUCGGCUUCCAGCGGUUGACCGAGCAGCGCCGGCAAGACGGGAGCGACGAGGACGAGGACGGCGACGGAGGCGGUGGAGCUGGAGAACCGCCAGACCUCGAGUACGGAGGGGACGAGGACGGCGCCGCCGUGUACGGUCCACGGACCGACCACCCGAUCAUAGGGCGACUAUCGACGACGUCGUAUCCGAACGAGAGCAUCGACCCCGAAACGGGCAAGUGGAAGCCGCAGCACGGCUGGAGCACGACGCACGACCUGCUGUAUGCGCGCCUAUGCUACAGCGUGCUGCUGUUCAAGAGCCCGCGCAAGAGCAACUACGUGAUCGCGCGCGGCAAGCGCUGGUACGUCGAUUGGGGCACCGGCCGCAUGGUCCGCGUGCUGCCGCCGGCGUACGGCGAGGUGGAUGUCAUGGGCCCGUGGCAGGUCAUCGUGCCGGAGAACAGGCUGAUUUAAGCGUGUGGUCUGUUGAGGCUGCGUCGUCGGUGAUGGUUGUGCCAUUUUCUUCGUUCGUGCGCCACGAGCGACUCCCUGCGAUAUACCUUUGUCUUUUUCUUUUUGUCAUACCAGCGGCGUGGAGUUUUUGGGUACAGGCGGAGCAUCUGGCGAGCUUUUUCUUUUGCAUAUCCUUCGGCAUGGCACUCGGAAGUCGCGGACCGGUGGGGCGGGUCGAGCAUUAUAUACCACUUUUCUUGCGUGUAAAACGGGAAUCCCGGGGAGGCUGGGGGGGUUCUUUUGUGAUGGACAUACCACCAGUAUAUAUCGGGAGCUAUGGGAAGGGACACA